AUGCUGGGCGCGGUGAAGAUGGAAGGGCACGAGGCUCCGGACUGGAGCGGAUACUACAGCGAGGAGGUCUACUCUCCGAUGGGUUCUGGUCUCGGGAUGGGUUCCAUGUCAGGAUACAUGACUAGCAGCGGGACCGCCUCGGGAUCCUUCAACAUGUCGUACGGCGGCACCGGGCUAAGCCCCGCCCCCGUGGGGGGGAUGGGGGGCGGGACCAUGCUGGGUGGGGGCGUGGCUUCCAUGGGGGGGCCGCUGAGCCCGACCGGGAUGAGCUCGGCCCAGCAGGGUCUGAACCCGUACGGAGCCGCGAGUCCGGCCGUGAGCCCGGCGUACGGUAGCCUGAACCGUAACCGUGACAACAAGGCGUUCAGACGCAGCUACCCGCACGCCAAGCCCCCCUACUCCUACAUCUCGCUCAUCACCAUGGCGAUCCAGCAGGCGCCCAGUAAGAUGCUGACCCUCAGCGAGAUCUACCAGUGGAUCAUGGACCUGUUCCCGUACUACCGGCAGAACCAGCAGCGGUGGCAGAACUCGAUCCGCCACUCGCUGUCCUUCAACGACUGCUUCGUCAAAGUCUCGCGCUCGCCAGAUAAACCCGGUAAGGGGUCCUACUGGACCCUGCACCCCGACUCCGGGAACAUGUUCGAGAACGGCUGCUACCUGCGGCGCCAGAAGAGGUUCAAGUGCGACAAGAAGACCAAGGAGGGCCGCAAGGAGGGGGGGGGGUCCGGAGGGGGGCGGGGGGGCGGGGACAAACCUCUGGACUCCAACCAGACCGCCUCACCUCCCGGUCUGGACCUGCGGGGGUCUGGGGGGGCGGGGGACCCGAAGGUGUCCGGCUCCCAGCUGCUGUCCUCCCUGUCACUGCCCCCCCACUCCAUGGCGGACCCCCCUCACCCCCCCCACCCCCCCCACUACUCCUUCAACCAUCCGUUCUCCAUCAACAACUUGAUGUCGUCUUCGGAGCAGCACAAACUGGACCUGAAGGCCUACGAGGCCCUGCAGUACUCGUCCUACGGGGGGCGGAGUCUGGACCCUGUGGAGGCCUCGUACUACCAGGGGGGGGUCGGGGGGGUCCAGGGGGGGGUCUACCCCAGACCACUACUCAACACCUCAUAG